AUGGAGCCGCAUAUCGUUGCCGUGUCCACGCCGAUGAUGGUGUGCGACGCCUUCUCGACGUCCUGCUUCAAGGGCAACCCGGCCGCUGUCUGUCUUGUGCCGACCUCCGUGUACUGCAUGGAGUGGUCUGCCGUGAGCAGCCUCGAGGCCAGCUUGGGCCGCGGUGAGCCGGAGUCGCGGGAGAGGAAGAUGACGGAGAAGGACCGCCAGGCGGCGGCCGAGAAAUACUCGGUAGAGCGCAACAUCAAGAUGGGUCGCGCCUUUCAGCAGGUGGCGAAGGAGAUGAACCUCUCAGAGACCGCCUUCGUCUACCGCCUGCCCGCCUCGCGCAUCCGCACUAUUCAUGAGCAGAUCAUGCACAAGUGCAAGGAGUUCGAAAACGAGUACGAGGAGAAGGUGAAGCACGACACCGAGGAGCGCCGCCGCAUGAGCGCCGCCGUGACGGAAGACGACGAGGCACCGGCGGUUCCGGCUUCGGAUCGCCAGCAGUUGUCGGCACUGCACACGAUGGAAAGCAGCCAAAACCCGCUUCACUCGGUGAAGCAUCCGGGCAGCAUGGCAUGGCCGCCCUCGCCUGGUCUGUUGCCUAGCUCCAGCUUCUCCAUGGCGAACUCCGGUUGGAGCUUCCUCUACACCCGCGCCUCCAACUCCAUGAUGACCAGCAGCGAGACGGGCCGCCGCCCGCGCCGCAUGCACACACAGUGGUUUGGCCUGCGCUGGUUCACGCCCAUAAAGGAGGUGCCUCUGUGCGGCCACGCCACCUUCGCGGCAGCGCACGCCAUCUUUGAGAUCUCGCGGCUCGUCCAGUCGGAGGGCUCGCGCCACCUGGUGUCGCAUAUCCCAAUGGAGUUCUUUGUGCCUGCGCAGACGGACGUCAUCUGCUUCGUGACGGAGUCCGGUAUUAUCAGCGUGCGCCGCAAGUCCGACUCCACCGCCAGAGCCGGCAGCUUGAUGCUGCAGAGCUACACCUGCUCGCCCGACACGUACGAGGUGCACUUUCCUAUGACAGAGGCACUGUCGAUCAAGGAGCAGGUGCCGCCAGAGCUCUUCAGAGAUGUGGCGGCGGCGCUCGGACUGUCGUACGACGCCGAGUGUAUCGAGGACAUUGCCUACUCCAAGUUGACCGGGUACUAUGUGGCGCGUCUGUCCACGCCGCACAACGUGCUGGAGUGCCGGCCCGACUGGGAGGCGCUUCGCCGUGCCUUUAGCUCGACCCCCUUCAUGGAUGCCCUCAAGGAGAACUCUGCUAUGAUGGGCCCCAUCACGGGCCUCGGUGUGACGGCUCAGAACGAGGGCCACAUGAUGGUAGAGCCGGCCGCCAACGCCCAAGUUAUCUCGCGCUUCUUCGCGCCGUGGAUGGGCGUUGAUGAGGACCCGGUGACAGGUUCGCUGCACACCGCAAUCUUGCCGUACUGGCUGCGCUUUCUCCAGAACGGCCGCUUCAAGGUCGGCGACCACCUGCACUUCUACCAAGCCAGCAAGCGUGGUGGCUCUAUGACAGGCAUCGUCAUUGGGCGAAAAGCGGAGCGCGUGGCGCUGAUUGGGUCUGCUGUCACCUUCAUGCGUGGCAACUGCACCUUCGAGGUGGAAGAGGAGCACUAG